AUCGAACGCGAUCCCCUCCCCCCUCACCCCCUAAUUUCACUCGGAUCCAUGCCUGUGUGUGCUAGCUGCCGUCGUCGGCCUUGCCUCGCAAAAGUACCCCCAACCCCCCACUAUAUAUAAGUGCAGCGCCUUUCCUCCCCUGCCACCACCAGCUUCCCUCCUAGCUCUUCUCUUUCCUCAUCAUCGUCUUCCUCCCCUCACAUCCUCUGGCCUCUGGUCCUCCACCGUCCUGCUAGCCAGAGCUGCUCUUGUACGCGCAGCUGGCCUCUGUGCAUAUCACCAGCACACCGCGCAGGGGAAGGAAAUUAACAAGAGAAAAGGCAAGGAGAGCAGGCAGGCAAGGAAGCUGCAGAAGCCAAGGAAGGAGAAGGAGGAUCAUCAAUGAGCAUCUCGGUGAACGGGCAGUCGUGCGUGCCGCCGGGGUUCCGCUUCCACCCCACGGAGGAGGAGCUGCUCAACUACUACCUCCGCAAGAAGGUGGCCUCCCAGGAGAUCGACCUCGACGUCAUCCGCGACGUCGACCUCAACAAGCUCGAGCCAUGGGACAUCCAAGAGAAAUGCAAGAUCGGGUCGGGUCCCCAGAACGACUGGUACUUCUUCAGCCACAAGGACAAGAAGUACCCGACGGGGACGCGCACCAACCGCGCCACGGCCGCCGGGUUCUGGAAGGCCACCGGCCGCGACAAGGCCAUCUACAACGCCGUCAAGCGCAUCGGCAUGCGCAAGACGCUCGUCUUCUACAAGGGCCGCGCGCCGCACGGCCAGAAGUCCGACUGGAUCAUGCACGAGUACCGCCUCGACGACCCCGCUGCUGCUGCUGCUGCUGGAUCCGGUGAUGCCGUGGCCAACGACGACGCAGCCGCCACGGCUGCUGCUGCUGCCGCCGCGUCGUCGGACGGCGGGCAGGAGGACGGCUGGGUGGUGUGCAGGGUGUUCAAGAAGAAGCACCACCACAAGGAGUCAGGUGGGGGCGGGGGCAACAAGCACGGCAGCAGUAACAGCGAGCAUGGGCACGGCGGCGCCGGCAAGGCAUCGGCUGCGGCUGCGGCUGCGGCGCACCAGCACCAGCACCAUGGAGGCCUGCAGUACUCCUCCAGCGACGAGGCGCUGGACCAGAUCCUGCAGUACAUGGGCAGGUCGUGCAAGCAGGAGCACGAGCUGGUGUCGCCGGCGCCGGCGCCGCCGGGACGGGCGGCGGCGUCCAGGUACCUCCGGCCCAUCGAGACCGUUCUGGGCGGGCACGCGUUCAUGAAGCUUCCCGCGCUCGAGAGCCCGUCCGCGGCCGCGUCCGCAUCGCUGACACAGCCGGCGCAGCACGACGAGCUCUACCGCGCCGCCGGGAACGGGAUCACGGACUGGGCCAUGAUGGACCGGCUGGUGGCGUCGCACCUGAACGGGCAGCAGGCGCCCGCCGCGGCGGACCAGCUCGGCGGCGGCUGCGGCUUCGACGCGGACGCCGGCGCCGAAGACGCGGACGCCGGCCUCGCCUUCUACUCCGCCGCCGCCAGCCGGCUGCUCGGCUCCGGCGGCGGCGCCGGCAGCGACGACGACCUGUGGAGCUUCACGCGGUCGUCGGUUUCGUCAACGGCGGCGGCGGCGGCCACGUCCACGGAGCGGCUCAGCCACGUGUCACUGUAGACGCCGUUCUUCGUCGCCGUCGCCGUCGCCUUAACUAUGUACGUACGUACGUCGUAAGCCCCUACGUGAUGACAUGGCCAGCAUGCCCUGGUGGUACACGUACUAGUAAAGAAGAGACAAACACCAACAGCAGGAGCAGAGAGAGAGAAAGAGGAAAUAAAAGAAGGGUCUCUAGAGAGAGAGAGAGUGAUUUCAGAGGAGGUGAUUAGAGUGAUGAGAGAGACUGAAAGUAGAUCGAUGGAUCGCUGAUUCGCUGAUACGAUUAAAGCUGGCAGUAAGUUGGAGUGGCACUGUCACUCGGACGCCACAUGCAUCAUCUCUCCUUUCUAUAGCUUCAUUCUCUCUCCAUCAUCUCAGCCACUGUUUAAUUAACCCCCGGCCACCGAUUGUUAUUACUAUAAUAUAUAACCACAGCAUUUUACUAGCAGAUUGAUACUACAUCUACCACUGUUACUAUAUAUUAGAUUGUUCAUUUCAAUAUAAUUAGGAGAGAGAGGAGGGGAGUAAUUAAUUGACAGCGAGCAGCAUGGCAAAAACAGUGUAAGGCGAUUAUUAUUGCUGGUUUGUUUACUAGUACCUACCUACGUACGUGCUGUGGGCGGUGUGUGUGCAUGGUGUUUGCAGUUUGCACAUGUGCAUCCUUUAUUUUUAAUUAUUCCCAUGACUAUAUAUAUAGAUAUUAAAUAUACAUGCAGGUUGUAUCUAUCUAUCUAUACAUACAAAUUGCAUUUCUGUC